CAGUAUACACUAAGCAAAUUUUCAUACCGCCCUUAGUUUAGAUAGUCAGUGUAUAGGGUUAUCUGAAAAACAAAAUGGAGCUUUUUUUCUGUUAAUUGUCAUUUUAGAGUUCCUGCAUUUGAAGCAACUCAGUAUCUUAUUACUAACAAAGAGUUUCUUGACUUUGUUGCUGAUGGUGGAUACAGUACUAAGAAAUACUGGACUGAUGAAGGUUGGCAAUGGGUUCAGUUCAGGCAGCCAAGGCAUCCAUUGUUUUGGGUCUGUACUGAUGAAUGCAAGUCUAACUGUGGAUCCAUUCUCUCCGAUUACUCUCACUGUAACAAUGAGAGUAAUGGUGUGACCAAUGGGAGCACCCAUUCGAAGUACAAGUAUCGUGCUUUGUAUGAUGUCAUUGAUAUGCCCUGGGAUUGGCCAGUUGAUGUUAACUAUCAUGAGGCAAAGGCAUACUGCCGUUGGAAAGGGGCGGAGUUUAGACUACCGACUGAAGCCGAGCACCAGAUCAUGAGAGGAGAUGAUCCAUUGUCUUCAAAAUAUAGCUGUGACCCCAUCAAUCGCAAGGACUUUCUUUGCAACUUUAACUUUGCUUAUGGCUCUUCAACGCCUGUCAAUUUUUAUCCUGCCAAUCCCAAAGGUUUUUAUGAUCUCUAUGGCAACGUAUGGGAAUGCACUGAGGACCAUUUCAAUGGCUUCCCUGGCUAUGAAUCUCAUUACCUCUAUGACGAUUUCUCCUCUCCUUGCUUUGAUGGGAGGCAUAACAUGAUACAGGUAAAUCAUUGAGUAUUUGCAU